CCGCCCCUCCCUCCGCGCACGCGCCCCGCGGCGCCCCGGCGGCGGAGCCAAGAUGGCGGCGGUGGUUCAGAAUGUGGUCAAGCUGCUGGGCGAGCAGUACUACCGGGACGCCAUGGAGCAGUGCCACAGCUACAACGCGCGGCUCUGCGCCGAGCGCAGCGUGCGCCUGCCCUUCCUGGACUCGCAGACCGGCGUGGCCCAGAGCAACUGCUACAUCUGGAUGGAGAAACGGCACCGCGGGCCCGGUUUGGCGGCCGGGCAGCUCUACUCGUACCCGGCGCGGCGCUGGCGCAAGAAACGCCGCGCCCACCCCCCGGAGGACCCCCGGCUCUCCUUCCCUUCCAUCAAACCCGACGCGGAGCAGGCCCUGAAGAAGGAGGGGCUGCUGGCGCAGGACGGGAGCAGCCUGGAGGCGCUGCUCCGCACGGAUCCGCUGGAGAAGCGCGCGCUGCCGGACCCGCGCGUGGACGACGACAGCCUGGGCGAGUUCCCGGUCACCAACAGCCGCGCCCGCAAGCGGAUCCUGGAGCCCGACGAUUUCCUGGACGAUUUGGAUGAUGAGGAUUACGAGGAGGACACGCCCAAGCGGAGAGGGAAGGGCAAGGCCAAGGGAAAAGGCGUCGGGGGGGCUCGCAAGAAGCUGGACGCGGCCAUCCUGGAGGACCGGGACAAGCCCUACGCGUGUGACAACAGUUACAAACAAAAGCAUUCCUUGAAACCUCCCGACCGAGUCUGCGGGAAGCGCUACAAGAACCGCCCGGGGCUCAGCUACCACUACGCCCACUCCCACCUGGCCGAGGAGGAGGGCGACGACAAGGACGACUCCCAGCCCCCCACGCCGGUGUCCCAGCGCUCCGAGGAGCAGAAAUCCAAGAAGGGCCCCGAUGGAUUGGCCCUUCCCAACAAUUACUGCGACUUCUGCCUGGGCGACUCCAAGAUCAACAAGAAGACGGGACAGCCCGAGGAGCUCGUGUCCUGCUCCGACUGCGGCCGCUCCGGCCACCCGUCGUGCCUGCAGUUCACGCCGGUGAUGAUGGCAGCGGUGAAGACGUACCGCUGGCAGUGCAUCGAGUGCAAGUGCUGCAACAUCUGCGGCACCUCCGAGAACGACGACCAGCUGCUGUUCUGUGACGACUGCGACCGCGGGUACCACAUGUACUGCCUGACCCCGCCCAUGUCCGAGCCCCCCGAGGGGAGCUGGAGCUGCCACCUCUGCCUGGACCUGCUCAAGGAGAAGGCGUCGAUUUACCAGAACCAGAACAGCUCCUGAUCCCGCCCUUCCUCCCCAUCCCCAUCCCCAUCCUCAUCCUCAUCCUCAUCCCCGAGCCCUCCUCAUCCUCACCCCUCCGC